AUGAAAAUUCCGUACGUCCAAGAUUCAUCCGAAGGUCUCUCACCCGAAGACGCCGCCAUUUAUGAACGUAUCAAAUUACGAAGAGGAGGUUCUCUCUUACCUUUGGACAAGGCACUUUUUCAUUCUCCAAAAUUGGCAGAUGGAUGGAAUUCCCUCCUAGGUGCCGUGCGUACUCAAGGUAUCUUACCGACCGACAUUCGAGAAAUCAUCAUAUGUCGAGUGGCUUUGAACAAUAAAGCAUGGUUCGAAUGGCACCAUCACGCACCUAUUCUACAAUCGGCACCUGGAUUCACCUCGGAAAUGAUGAAGGUGGUAGAAUCAAUCGACCUGGCCGACCCUGACAACACUGGUCCUGAUUCUUCGGUAUUAAAUCCAAAACAACUAGCCGCUCUAAGGUAUGCGGACAGCAUGACAAGACAGAUCGACGUCCCAACCUCCAUCUUCGAAUCCCUCAAGACUGCCGGUUUUGACGAUCAAGAAAUCGUAGAAAUGACAAUCACCUGCGGAGCUUACAACAUGGUGAGUAGGUUCUUGGUGGCCUUGGACGUCGGGGAGAUGAAUGGGAAAUCACCACUCGAACGUUAACUCGGUGACAUGGAUUACUACAUAUGAGAUAUUACUUUUAUAUAUACACAU